UUCCGACGAAGAUACAAAAGUGAGUGSUCGAAAACUGUMGACCACAAGUUGAGCAAAAAAGUGUUGCUUGAUACAUACUCCUUCAUUACUCRAGUACGAAAUGUUCAUCGAUGGAUAACAACGCAAUUGUUAUGAGUGAACUUCGCCUGAGUGAUUCAGGAACAACCGACGACGAAUGCGAGACAGAAGUAUUACUUUACGAUCGCAGUACACGGAGGGUACGACACAAGAUCACUCGUCUUGAUGACUUCGUURAUAAUGCCMAUGAUGAAGAACCGUUGAUGCAAAGAGUGUUGAAAGACGAUUCUGAUGAUGAAAKGGAAACCUAUACAGUUGGGGAGGCUGUGGAUAGAAUUGGAUUUGGCUGGUUCCAGAUCAAGUUAAUGGUAGUCAUUGGAUUUUUUCAGGCAUCGGAAGCUUUAGAGAUGAUGUUGCUAUCCAUUCUUGCACCAACCAUACGAUGUAUAUUCCAUAUUAGUGCGUGGAAAGAAGCCUUUAUAACAACAGUUGUCUUUAUAGGAAUGAUGUUUGGAUCUUCUGUAUUUGGCUGGGCUGCAGACAAAUUUGGUAGAAAAUUUGUUGUAGUAUUAAGUGCUAUGUGGAUUUCAUAUUUUGGAUUUUUAAGCUCUUUUUCUCCUCACUAUUACUGGAUAAUUGCUCUUAGGAUGCUUGUUGGAUUUGGUAUUGGUGGAGGACCUCAAUCUGCAACUCUGGUCUCAGAGUACCUUCCAAGUAAAUACAGAGCCAUAUGUAUGUGUGCUCAAAGUCCUUGGUGGACAUUAGGCUCAUUUUUCACUAUAUUAAUAGCAAUGGUUGUCAUGCCAACGUUAGGAUGGAGAUUYCUACUUGCAAUCCUGGCAAUACCUUUAAUCAUCUUUACAAUGUUGAGUAAAUAUCUCCCAGAAUCAUGUCGCUACUAUCUAACAAUAGGGMAGAGGGAUAAGGCUUUAAUUCUUCUUCAUAAAAUUGCCAAAGCAAACAAAGCUCAUGUACCUACUGGUUACCUAAAGGACGCAGUUCAGACAGCUAGAGUAGGAAAAGUAAGAGAUCUUUUUAACAAAGAAUUUGCAAGUGCCACAAUUAAAUUAUGGUUUUUAUGGUUUAAUGUGGCUUUCACCUAUUAUGGAAUCGUGCUCAUGACGUCAGAAUUAUUUCAGGGUGAAACUGAAAAUGGAGGAAAAUGUGAAGCUGGCACAGGAAACGUAAAGAACCCACAUUGUGGAUGUAAACUACUCACAACAUCAGACUACACUGACAUGAUGUGGACAACAGUCUCUGAAGUACCAAUUGUGGUUUUGAAUGUCAUCUUGUUGGAAAAACUAGGAAGAAAAAAGACUCUAGCAACUCUAUACAGCCUGACUGCCUUGUUUUUCAUCCUGCUGUUUAUUUGCACUUCAAGGGCAUGGAUGGUAGCAUUUAUAUUUGGUGUUCGAGGCUGUAUAUCAGGUGUUUUUACGGCAACCUACAUAUAUACACCCGAGUUUUACCCAACAAUCAUCAGAGGUCUUGGGUUAGGAUGUUGCAGCUCAGUAGCUAGGGUUGGAGCAAUGAUAACUCCUUUCAUAUGUCAGGUCUUAUUGCGAUACUCCAUUGACUUAGCGCUUGGUGUGUAUGCCACUACAGCUGUGAUCAGYGUCAUCGUAUCGUUACGGCUUCCUAUAGAAACCAAGGGUAGAGUAAUGCGAGACACAUGAACUAUAUUUGGUGGCCAAAAGUGAAUGAUAAGAAUACAGAGUGAACGUGUCUAACCAGGAAGACUUAUACCAUGCACCGACUGUUGAAUCUAUGCUGCUCUUUUCUUUCAUCUAAAAGAAUAAGAAUGAGAAAUGCUAGAACUAGGCGUCAUCGCCACUGAAGUGAUGACAAUGGAUCUAGCUGCGAUAUUUGUACAAGAAAUAUGAAAUAAGAAUUGAUAUAUCAUGCUGA